UGAGCCCUGAGAAGAGGCCCGGUCCUUGGACGAAGGAGGAGACGGAGAACAUCUGUUCCUUGUGGAGAUGCCGCUGCUGUGGGAGGACCUUUUGGACCAGUCUCCACUGACUGUAACAAGAACGGAUGUGUUACGGACUCUCUCUACAGUACAAUGACAACUAACGACACAUCUUAACAUUGUGUUCAACAGGGCAGUAGCCUGAAGGGGACGUUAACAGGGACACUCACGGCUGGGAAAAUAGUCUCGCGAGGAAAGGCAUUAUUGGUACUCUACCUGGCCUGACCACCAGACCCCAGAAUGUUCAGCCCCUCUGCUGCGAUUGGUGGAGGAGGUGGAGGACUACAAAAAGUCCCUCCCACACAACCCUGGACCAAUCAUCGUCCACUGCAGUGCAGGCAUUGGUAGAAUGGGCUGCUUCAUCGCCAGCUGGAUCGGUUGUCAACAGCUUCGAUACUCGAGGCAGGUGGACAUACUAAGAAUAGUAUGCAGUCUACGUCUGGACAGGGGUGGUAUGGUCCAGACUACUGAGCAGUACCAGUUCCUGUAUGCCACCCUGGCUCAGUACAGCACACAGCUGGAGAUGCAACCCGCCAGACCGCAGGAAGACCAAGGGAAACAGGAGAGCCAGGGGAACAAGGAGAGCCAGGGGAACAAGGAGGACCAAGGGAACCUGGAGAACCAGGGGAACAAGGAGGACCAAGGGAACCUGGAGAACCAGGGGAACAAGGAGGACCAAGGGAACCUGGAGAACCAGGGGAACAAGGAGGACCAAGGGAACCUGGAGAACCAGGGGAACAACGAGGACCAAGGGAACCUGGAGAACCAGGGGAACAAGGAGAGCCAGGGGAGCAAGGAGGACCAAGGGAACCUGGAGAACCUUGACUCUGCAAGAUCUGGGCCUGGACAUGGAAAACCAUCACACAACAGGACAUGACAUCACACACAACUUCAGCACUGUCUAUUUACUUGCAACGAGUGUGUGGUGUUUGUGUGUGAAAUGAUGGGAGAGCCAACUAAA